AUGAAGAGCCUCGCACGUCUUGCACUACUACCAUUGGUAAGUGCGGUGUCCCGUGCUUCAGAGCCAACAUACGACUACAUUGUUGUCGGAGGUGGCACUAGUGGCCUGGUCGUUGCCAACCGCUUGUCAGAGCUGAGCAACGUGACCGUCCUCGUUAUCGAAGCUGGAGGCUCCGUGUACAACAACAUCAAUGUAACAGAUACCGGUGGCUACGGCAAUGCCUUCGGCACCGACAUCGACUGGGCCUACAAGACAGUCGAGCAGAAAUGGGGUGGAGGAACCACACAAACAGUGCGUGCUGGAAAGGCGCUGGGAGGUACAUCAACCAUCAACGGAAUGGUGUAUUUGCGGGCGCAGACGAGCCAGAUAGAUGCGUGGGAGACGAUUGGGAACAAAGGCUGGAACUGGGAGAAUCUGUACCCUUACUUCAAAAAGGGCGAGCAGUUCCAGGUUCCAACCGACUACUCGUUCCUGGAGGGAUCUGGUGUCGCCUAUGAUCCCGCUUACCACGGAUAUGAUGGUCCUUUGAAAGUGGGUUGGACUUCAACACAGCUGAAUGAUGGCCUGGCUCAGGUCAUGAACACCACAUAUCAAAACAUGUCGGUGCCUAUCCCAUACAAUAAGGACCCGAAUGGUGGGCAGAUGAUCGGUUACACCCUUUACCCCAAGACUGUGAACUCGAACCUUAACAUUCGUGAGGAUGCCGCAAGAGCAUACUACUACCCUUACCAAUCUCGCAAGAACCUUCACGUCUGGCUCCACACCAAUGGCAACAAACUCACUUGGAAGGAUGGCGCUGAGGUGACCGCGGAUGGCGUUGAGAUUACCUUUUCCAAUGGUACAACCACAUCUGUCAAGGCAUCUCGUGAAGUGAUUCUUGCAGCAGGCGCAUUGAAGUCCCCGCUUCUGCUCGAGUUGUCAGGCAUUGGAAACCCAUACAUUCUAUCCAAGUACGACAUCGAGACAAAGGUCAACCUGCCGACCGUCGGCGAAAACCUCCAAGACCAAAUGAACAACGGGCUCGCCUACGACUCGAAGAUUAACUACACAAAAUCAGCUGACUAUGUCGCAUACCCCUCUGCCGAGCAACUAUUCACAAAUGCCACCGCUGUUGGCGCCCAGCUUCUCCGCAAGCUCCCCGCUUACGCAGCCCAAGUUGCCUCAGCAAACGGAAACGUAACCCGAGCAGCUGACAUCGAACGCUUCUUUAAAAUCCAAUGGGACUUGAUCUUCAAGUCCGGUAUCCCCGUCGCAGAGAUUCUGCUCGAGCCAUCUGGGUAUACCUAUGACACCGAGUACUGGGGUUCUGUCCCUUUCUCGCGUGGAAACAUUCACAUCUCAUCCGCAGACCCAACGGCUCCCGCUACCAUCGACCCGAAGUACUUCAUGUUGGACUUCGAUCUUCAUGCGCAGGUUCAAGCUGCUCGCUUGAUUCGUGAAAUAUUCAAAACUGAACCUUUUGCCGAUAUGGCAGGUGAAGAGACAAGCCCUGGGUUGUCCACUGUCGCUGCCAACUCGGAUGACGAAGGAUGGUCUUCGUUCCUCAAGUCUAACUUCCGAUCGAACUUCCAUCCUAUCACCACGGCUGGUAUGAUGCCCAAGGAGAUUGGUGGAGUUGUCGAUACGUCGCUGAAGGUCUACGGCACUUCCAAUGUCCGCGUUGUCGAUGCUUCGAUUAUCCCAUUCCAGGUCUGUGGACAUUUGCAAAGCACCAUUUAUGCGGUUGCGGAGCGUGCAGCCGACAUCAUCAAAGCCCAGAUGUAA